AUGGCUAGUAACGGUGUGAGUGAGGGAAGCCCUCGCAUCUCUACUAGCACUCCCACAGACGAACCUAGCAAGAUACCUCCAGAAGAGGAUGAAUCCGAAUGGGAAUACGAAUACUCGACCACUGAGACGGAGACAUUCUACGUAACUCUAGACCUCUCCAAGGCCGACUUCACCAGUCGUGAUGCUAGCACGGUUAAUCGCCCAGGCUACCGGGGAGGCGAAAAAGUCGAACGGGCCAAGAUGUAUCUGAACCGGCGUAUGAGUUUCGGCAACAACAACAACAACAACAACAACAACAACAUCGACCUCAGCUCCGACAGCAAUUCCGACUUAGACGGAGAAGAAGAAAUCCCCCAGCUCCCUAAACCAAAGGAUCCACCUCAGCCUGCGCCCGAACCCAAGGGGGACGCGGGCGAGGAGUUCGACGACGACGACCACCAGGUCCAGAUCAUGGAGCUGCACUCGCAGAACCCCAUUAUUUCGUAUAAGGGACGCAUCUACUCGGGGGUCUGGAGCGCGAACGUCGGGACGGAGAUCCUGCUCACGCGGCGCGACGAGGACGCGCCGGUGCCCGCGCUGCGGCACCUGGACCACGACGUCGAGCUGCUGGCGGCCAGCAGCGCGCGCGUCACCGUCAGGGAGGUCAACCUGAGGCCCAAGGACGAAGCCCUGGAGCGCCGGCGCAACGCGCUCUUGCCGCGCGAGCGCAGCGCCUUGAGCUCGCUCGUGCCGCCGGCCGAGCGGUGGUCUACGAGGGAGAGGAUCGACCAGGGCAAUUUCUUGGCAAGGCUGAUCGCGCUGAAGAAGGAGAGGGGCGAGACGGACGAGGUUACGGUUAUUGCGAAGGGCGUGGAAAGGACGACUGGUGGCGGGAAGGCUGAGAGGCAUGGGAUGGGCAAGCAGGGACACCGUGGCAAGUUCAACUUGCCGCAUGGUAGGGGCCCGAGGAGGGCUAAGGGGUCGGGGAUACUGAGGACGUUGGCGAUUCAUGAGAAUGGUGGGGAGGGUGAGGGUGAGAUUGAGGGGAUGCUGGAGGGGGGAGGAAGUGGGGUGUCGACGCCUACGCCGAGGCGGUGGGACGACCUUGGAGGACAGACGGGAGGGGAGGGAGAUGAGGGUGAAGAGGAAGAGGAGGGUGGAGAAGGGGAAUAUGAUGAGGUGAUGAUUAUGGAUGAUCUCGAUGAAGAGGGCGAGAAUGAAGAUGAGAGUAAUGAGGAUGGUAGUGAGGAAGACGAGGAUUCGGACUCAAGCGGGUCUGGUUCCGGCGAUUCGGCUGAAGGUAUGGACUUAGAUGAGAUAUAG